AUGGCCCGCCAACCCUCUCUCGACUCAGAGCGGCCCAUCAUGACCAACUCGAACCGCAACUCCAAACGCUUUUCCACCAUUAGCGGCAGCCCUUCGCUAGCCACCUCCGAUCGCACCACCGGUAGCCUUCCGACCGGCGACCCCAGAACCCGUGACAUCACCCACCUCGGCGACGGCCUGGAGCGCCUUGAAAAUAAGCCUCUCCAAGCGCAAAGAUUCGUGCCCACGACUGAGAAGUCUGAUAACCUCAACAAACUGGCUCUCGGGGCCAAGGUCGAGCGUGCGCUUGGUCGACGAAUGACCGGCCAAGAUGCCGUGAUGCGCAAGCCGUCUCUGAGCGAGAAGACCUCCUCUUGA